GCAUUGCGUGCAGAGCAUAGUUUUUCAUGGAAAUCUGUAUCUGUGGCGUUUAAUCCUUCGCUGCUGCAGCAGCAUUGCAAUUCCGAAACAUAAGAAACUAUCUGAUUUUGUAAACCCACGUCGCUGUGGCGUGUUUAAAAAGAGAAAGUGAGAAAAACAGAAGAAAAUACCUUUGUUUUCUUCUUGUGGGAGUUUUGUUAGCGUAUUUGAUUGAUUUAUAUAGCUCUUGAUGUAUGUAUUAGUUUAUUUUCUUUCCUUUUUUUUCUUUUUAAAAUUGAAUUUGCACAAUGUGCACCCAGUGGAGUCCACUUGAUCUCGUCUCUUUGGAAUGGUGGGGAACACGCACCCGAGGAAUGGGAAGUAUCUAAAGGCAGAUGGAGUUUGGGGAUUAUUGCAAAAUAAGGGAAAGAUGACCGUUUUUUCUCUGUGUUUCCUCCUGUGCGCUGAUGUCUUGGACUUAGCUUUAGGUUAUCUGACAGUCACCAUUGAACCCCUUCCUCCUGUUGUAGUAGGAGACACCGUAACGCUGAAAUGUAACUUCAAGACCGAUGGGAGACUGCGAGAGAUAGUCUGGUAUCGGGUUACAGAUGGGGGCACAAUCAAACAGAAGAUCUUCACUUAUGACGCCAUGUUCAACACCAAUUAUUCUCAAAUGGAGGACUAUCGAAGGCGCGAAGACCUUGUGUACCAAUCAACAGUGCGGCUGCCAGAGGUCCGGAUCUCAGAUAACGGGCCGUACGAAUGCCAUGUUGGAAUUUACGACCGUGCCACGAGGGAAAAAGUGGUGCUUGCUUCUGGGAACAUAUUCCUCACCGUUAUGUCCCCGCCUCUCUCGAUCUCUGUGGUGGCAGCAGAUACGCCGGCACCUUUUAGUCGAUACCAGGCCCAGAACUUCACCCUCAUCUGUAUUGUUUCUGGGGGGAAACCUGCACCAACGGUGUACUUCAAGAGGGACGGAGAGCUGAUUGAGCUGAUCCCCUGGGCACAGCCCUCCUCAGGGGGGAAACAGGCAGCUGCUAUGAGGGUCCCCAGGGGGCCGCAGCCCCUGAUCAGCCGCGAGCUGGACGACACCAAGCUGCAGAAGUCUCUGUCCCUGCUGGACUUUGACGAGAGGCCGGCCAGGUUGUUCACCGAGGACCCCAUGAGAGGCUACACCCCCCGGGCCCCGCGCUACGAGCCCAGCCCAGCCACGGAGAUCAUCCCUGAGACGGUGGUGAGCCGGGAGUUCCCUCGCUGGGUGCAGAGCACUGAUCCGCUCUACUACUUCCAUCACACCCACAUUCCGCUGAGUGACGGCACAAUAGAGGUGCGCGCCAUGAUUACCUGGACCCUCAAUCCCCAGCUGGACAAUGAUGCGCUCUUCAGCUGCGAGGUCAAGCACCCUGCUCUCUCAAUGCCAAUGCAGGCCGAAGUUACUCUGGAGGCCCCUAAGGGCCCCAAGCUGAUAAUGACUCCGACCCGAGCAAAGGUUGGGGACACAGUGCGCAUUGUCGUUCAAGGAUUCCAGGUAGGAUCUGCAGGGAACAAGGUCUUCCCCGAGCCCCUCUUCACCUGGACGCGGGUCGGAGGUCGCCUGUUGGAUGGCAGUGCAGAGCAUGAUGGGAAGGAGCUGAUUUUGGAGCGAGUGCCACCAGAACUGAAUGGCUCCAUGUACCGAUGCACGGCCCAGAAUCCUCUAGGCUCCACAGACACCCACACCCGGCUUAUUGUCUUCGAAAACCCAAGCAUGAUGAAGGGCACAAAGAAUCAAAACAAUGCUGCAUCCUUUAUGGAAACUCUUGGACUGAUGCCAGCUGUGCUGAUCCUUACAGUAACUCUGGAGUUUACGUGAGGCAUUCGGACUCCCACAGCACUCCCAGCCAAUCCGUCCAGCUCCAGCAUCAUCCACCAUGAGAGAUCCUGACACUUCUCUCUUUUUGUAAAAAAAAAAAGCAAAAAAAACCCACACAGUCAAAUCCCUUGUCUUUUUCUUGUCUCACCUCUCUCUGCCUGUCUUUCAAUAAACAUUAGUUCUGUUUAAAAAAUAUAUAUAAAAAAAUACAUCUGGCAAUUCAUUUCCCUUGGGUUUAGCACGAUAAACAGUUGGGGUCUUGCAGGGGUUCCCAAACGUGUUGACCUGAGACCCACCUGUUCAGCUGCAUUGGGCACUGCGGCCCACUAUUAAGUUAAAUGACAAAUUAAAAAAAUAAAUAAACUUGUAACACUGUAAAUAAAUGUAAUCUAAAUUGUUUUUUCAUUUGAAUCUUAUUUUUUCUUCAUUAGCAUUUUAUUGUUGCUUUUCGUUAUUAUAUAAAAAAUAGAAAGAAUGUCAUUGCUCCCGCAGCCCACUCGGGACUGAGUCACAGCCCACAGUUUUGGAACCCCUGGUCUAAUUUUUUCAGUGUUCCAGGCAAACAGAUGCAGUUUAUAUCUUUUUCAUCUUGCUUUUUUCCCCAUUACAAUGGUUAAGAAACACUUUAAAAAUCUCUAAGUUAAGGAGCAUACAGAACCAUAUAUAAACAUAGUAAUAACUCAGUAACUACAAAUAGUCCUUGACUUUGCAUGGUAACUACUAGUGGAAUAAUUGGGUAAUUACAUGUAAAUGGCUUGUGCUGUGAUGCUACAAGGUAAUUAAACCAGGUAACACAAUUUUCUUAACAAGGCCAACUCCAUGUCAUUAAUUAUGCAGUACUUAAUGUAUCACAAUUGUACCAGUACAGACUGGUACUCCACAGUGCAAGAUUUGUUCAAAAUCCUUUAUGUUGCCAUUAACAGGAACAGUUUAGAGGAAAACCAAAAAUAACUCCAAGAUUGAAUUUACACAUAAUGAUAAUAACAAUAAUUAUUGUUGUUGUUACAGAAUAAUGUUGAACAAAAGAAAAAAUGUUGAAAUAAAAACAUCCAGUGCACUAUUGUUCACAAUGAAACAUGG